GCCGGCCGGUUUCCUGCUCACCGUCAUUUUGACUUCCACCAUCCCUUUGAGAGGACCCUUCAGUUCCUAUACUUAACUAUACUUACGGAGUAUUCACCGUGUUAUCAUCAGAAGUGAAAUUCAUCGGACAGGCAGUCAAUAGUCUAUCUGCCACGGUGUAUCGCCGACAAGCGUAUCCAUGAGUGUUAUAAACUCAUUAGCGAGUAUGCCUGACCUUGGCGAAGGGUCUUUGCGACCCAAAGGGUACCUAGCGUGCAAGUCGUGUAGAUCACGCAUCGCCUCCCGCAAGGCCAUCCUAUCUUGGGCCUUCAGAGGGAAUUGCGGUAGGGCCGCACUCUUCGCAACAACGUUCGAGGCUAGAGUGACAUUACAGCCUCCAACGCUCCUGUUGAUGGACUCCGGGGCACAUACCGUACAGAGUGCAGCAUGUGCUUCUUGCAACAUGACAAUUGGAUGGAAGAUCGUUCGAGCCCAUGAGUGGCCUGAGAAGUGGAAGGAGGGAAACAUGGUUCUUGAGCUUGACCUUUUGGUCGAAGAGAAUGCGGGGUCUCCUCUACGAAAGGAGAUUCAUACAUUCACGGACGACAACAAUAAUACGGCGGCUCGUGGGUUGCUUGUGCCGACAUCAGACUUAGCCCACCGACGGUCGACAUCAGACCUCUCAGACAGUCGCUCUAAACCGCUUGGACCACGAAACCAUCAUAAAAGCGUCCAGCUUCUACCAUCUAUUCAGAACGUAUUCUGAAUCCCCGACAUACAUAACUAUCGUACCAGUAGCUUACUCACUUGCGUAUUUGAUGAAUCUAGUUAUUUUGAGGAAGAACG